AUGGAAGGAAAAAGGAAGCGGCGCAAGUUUUUCUAUCACAGUCAUAAAGUUAAGCAAAAGUCAGUUGAUUCCGGUGCAUGCGGGCUAUUUUUUACGUGUAAUGGAAAUGAAAAGCAAGCCGUGCGCGAGGCUUAUAAUGUUCUCGAACAAGCCUUGGAGAAAUGGCAAGAAAAAAAAUCAUUAAAGAGUGAUUUUGAUGAUAAUAGAGCGCAAGUAAAUGCCAGCUUUGAUGGUAAUAUUGAAGAAGAUGCUGCAGAUGAUAUAAAACGCUUCUGUGAUCAAGCGCGCAGCAUUAAAAAUAAUGCAGAGAAUCAAGUGAUAAGGCAGCGACCAACUGGUGCAAAUCAUUGUUUAUUUUUUAUUGUUAAAGAUAUCAUCAGUGAAAAUGUAUAUGAUUUCGUGGAUUUCUUUAUUGAAAUGGUAUUAGAAAAAAAGUGUUGUCGUUUACUGCAGCGAGUUUGGCCUGUCGAGAAAACUUGUCGAGUGAAUAUGGUUGAGGUAGAUAUGGAGUUGAGUCAGCUAAUUUCAAGGCAUUUUCAUCCUAAUGAAGACGGUAAAUGGCCUACAUAUUCAUUCGAAUUCAAAGCUCGUAAUAAUAAUAGCCUGCUGAAAAGUGAUGCAAUGGAUAUGGCAUUACUAGCUCUGAAGCAAUUAGUACCAAAUUGUCAUGUUUCACUGAGUGAUCCGAAUAUUACAAUUUUGGUCCAAGUCGUACAUCAAUGUGUAAUGCUGUCAUGCAUUAGAAGUUUUGUUCAACGUCGGAAACUAAGUUUGCAUAAUCAAAAAAAAGAAAAUACAGCUGAAAUAAGUAUUGCUCAAAAGAUCAGUACAUGA